GCCUCCAAGCCGAACCAAAAGCUGCCUAGCGCCUUCAGUCGUGAGUGAGCACCAGAUGCUGAACCGUCUGACGUCCGUACCCGUUGAAAAUUUGUGUCGGAUUAAACGCAGUGGUGUGAACGUGAAGUGAUGAUCGACUUCGACGGACAUGCUGGGAUAUGACGGUCGCAACGACUUCUUUUCUCUUCUCCCUCUUCCUCGCUCUCCUCCUCCGACGGAUCGGAGCUCAUCCCGUCGGACAGCAGUGCGACUGGAACGGAAAUGGACUGAGCGGAGGAGAAAAACGCGGCGUCCGUCCCGUGUACCUGCGAUGCAGCGAGGGCAAGGUCGGCUGGAGUUAUCCCGACGGUGCUUUGCGUGUCCUCCUCAGGCUGGGCAGCUCCGGAAGGGACUUCAGAGCCUGCCUCAGGCCGGCCCCGGGCAAGAAGCUACCCGCUUCUAUAUACUUAGAAGGAGUCCGCUCCCUCAACAAGCUCUACUCGCCCCAACAGCCGACCGACAGGCCGCACGUCAGGUGUGUCUUGAGUAGAGGAGGUCAAGUGGCAUUGUACGUGGAAGCCGCCGAGGAGCCCUCUUUGACCAAACAGACGAUUGAAUUCGCCUACGAUCUCCAACCGCUGAAGAAGGGCAGCGUUUACGAUCCAAACGAAGAAUGCAGACCGUGCACUAAAGAGGAGAUGACGCACGCAUUUUGCACAAACGAACUCGUGGUGAGAGGCAUGAUCCAGAGGGUGGAACCGAUCGAGGACACCGACGUUUCCGAGAUCACAGUCAAAGUGACCAAGACCCUCCGGCGGUGGUCGCCCUGGGGCGAGAACGAGGUGUACGACGACGGUGCCGACAAGGAAGUCGUCCAGGUCGGUCGUCACUGCGGUGCUCAACACGGAGGAGGCGAGAUGGUCAUCAUGGCGAGGAGGAAACUGGGCCAGCUCGUGCUCAGCUGCGCGCCACGGCUCUCUGAGUGGAAGGACGUCGUCAGGGAGGCAAAUAUCAUGGAUUCGGCCCAUUGCGUGCUGUCCAGUUAGCCAUCCUUUCACCAACUAGUCUAUUCACUGUCUAGUUUAACCAACUAGACCAAUAUAGUCACUGCCCUUUCCAGGGUUCCUCGCUUAGUCAAGAGCGAACUCAAUACAUUCGAAUUUUCAAAAACGCCCUCGAGUCCUCCCCUCAACAAGCGUUUCUUUCAACAAUUUAUUUUAUAUUAUAUAUUUUUAUAAGGUUAUCAGUUUUUAUUUCUGAAAAAUCAUACUUGGUCUAUUUAAAAAAAAAUCUAAGGAAAUAUAUAAAUUAUUCAUUCCUAAGCACUUUCUAUCAGAUUUAUACAAUGACAUAAACCUUAGCAAAUGUCGUUUCAAGUCUUGAAAAAAAUUUGAGUUGUUUAAGAAUAUUUUAUCAAAUUUAUCUGUUAUAGUAAGCAUCAACAAUCUUUUACAAUUUUAUAUGUACUUAACAAUCGCAACUAAUAGACUGUGCAAUAAAACUCCAUGAUAAAAAUUAUGUAAAAUAAUUGUAUAAAAGAUUGUAAAUAAUGGUCUUGAUAUUUAAAAGAAAAAAGUGCAAUAAUCAAAUUAUUAAAAAAAUUAUUAUUUAAUGUUUAUAGACUUUCACGUUCUUCUUUGGCUUGCUUUGUACUCCACUUUGUGCUAGACGCUUUUUUUAUCUUCCUCGCUUAGAUUUUUCUACUUUACAAUAGGCUUUCGUUUUUUAACGUACUAAUGUGUUUUUUGUUUAUAUAAGCUUCCUUGUUUUUGUACAUUUGUGAAUUCCCAGUGCCAAAUUAUGUUGUUUGUUUUUAUGCAAACUUUCAGUUUGACAAAAAGCAGUGUCUUUGGUGCUUUCUAGUGCUCCCGUUCAGCCUUCAUACGAUCCACACUUUUCCGCGUUUUUUCGAAAAGGAAACAAUUUUUUUUAUAUAUUUAAGCAAAUAAAGCGAAAUGUAGCGACCAUUUCACCUUUUAUAAACAAAUACGAAAACCACACCAUUUUUUUUUUCCUACGCGCACUAUAAUCACCUUGUGUAUAUUAUUUUGCACAUAUCUUUUUUUUUUGUAAUUUAGAUUUUAAUUUCUUGUUAAGCACAAACUUUUCUUUAAAAGCUUGUGCGUUAUAAAUACUGUAAAUAUAAAACUAAAAGAGCUACCAAUGUUUUUAUAAUUUGUUGAUCUCAUAUAAAGAAAAUUUAUUGUAAAUAAUCUCUUUUGUUUAUCGGUAGCAAAAUGGACAAUUUUUAUUUUCUAAACGUAGAUUUCUAAUGUUAAGCUUGUUUAAACAUAGUUUUGUUUAAAAAGAAAAUAUAUGAAAGUAUAAAAAAUGUAGAAGAGGCCAUAUGUAGUUUGUAGAAUGUAUUAUGAAAUUUAAAAAAGAAAAAUGUGAUAUUUUGUAAAUAUUAUGUUAAAAAAGAGAAAGUUACGAUUGAAAUUUAUUUUGUAAU